AUGGAUUCAAUUAUGAGACCAUUUCAAUUUUAUCCGACUUAUGUUUUUGAUGAAGCAAAGCAUAAAAUAGAUGUGGUCGCUAAGGAAUACCUUCAAAAAGCGAGUGAUGACACACAUCAUCUUGUUCCUAUUGACGUUCCUGGCGAUGGACAUUGUUUAUAUCAUUCUAUUGUUCUUUUGAUGAACAAUCCAUUAGUGACGGCCACUGAAUUGCGAGUUCGAACGGUUAUUGAACUUAUAACCAAUGAAAACUAUUACGAUACCAUGUAUUCACAACAUGCAGGAACUACCGAUAUUAUUAUUCAAGCAGCUUGCAGAAAGGGAAUGUAUUCUGAAUUACAUGAGAUUGCUGCAUUAUGCAAUGUACUACAAUGUAACAUACGAAGUGUUUAUCCAAAAAUUGAUUUUCAAUAUUAUAAGGCAAUUUGGGAUAGCGUCUUUACACCUAUUCCACCUGUUAUUGGCAAUUGUAACAUUGCAAUCUUAUGGUCAAACACUUUGCACGAAAAAGAUGCUCGAGAAACGUAUAAUGACACAUGGAGACCAAAUCAUUUUGUUCCACUUCUGUCGCCACCUAUUCUUAAUGAAUUUAGUAGUCAAUCAGUGUCACUUGUUGUAACUCCUGAAAAGAAGACGUUCAAGAACAAUGCAGUUACUCAAAUAAGAGUACCUGAAUUUCAGUCUUCUCUGAGUAGACGAUUACGAAGUGAAGACAACAGCGGAAAUGAUUUCGUUCAAACAAAUGUUUCAAGUACAAUGGAAAAGGAAAAGGACGAUAAGGAAGAAAGACGUCAAAUUCAACUUCAGAAGAAAAGCGAACGAAGCCGAUCCAGUCGAAUGAACGAAACAGAAGAACAUCGACAAAUUCGUCUACAGAAAGAGAAGGAACGAAGUCGCGCGAGCCGAAUGACUGAAACAGAAGAACAACGACAAGUUCGACUUGAGAAGAUGGAUGAAAGAAAUCAAUCGAGUCGAGCAAAUGAAUCCGAAGAGCAGCGUCAAAUUCGACUUGAGAAGAUGAAAGAAACAAAUCAAUCAAGUCGAGCAAAUGAAUCCGAAGGGCAGCGUCAAAUUCGACUUGAGAAGAUGAAAGAAAGAAAUCAAUCGAGUCGAGCAAAUGAAUCCGAAGGACAACGUCAAACUCGACUCGAGAAAAAACGAGAGCAAACUCAACGUACACGAACAAAUGAAUCACGAGAACAACAUCAGAUCCUACUCGAACAGCAAAAGAAACGAAGUCAAGCAAAUAGAACUAAAAAGAAACAUGAAAAUGUUGGUAGCGGAAAAAACUAUGUUCGCUCACCUUGGCCUGAACCAAUUGCUCGUGAUUUAAAAGAAACUCGUUUGCAGCAAUUUUUAGAACAGAUGUCUAUGUCAAAAUUGGCUGAAGCGACUUGUGCAGUUUGCAAUGUCCGCACUCCAGCAAAAGAUGCGAAAAAAAUACCCAUCUCUAAAAUUCCUAAUAUUGAUUUGCUUAAAGCUUCUGAAGAACUCAAAACUUUAAUUAAAAAUUCAACUGAAAAUACUGCCACUCUCAUCGAUGAUAACAAUACACAUACGACAUCACAUAUUAAAAGUAUGUAG